CUUUUUCUCUUGUUUGUGUUAAUCAAGACACAACUAGUUUCAAAUAUCUCAAUUCCAUUAACCUCUUGAACCUGGGAUAUUUCGAAUACUAGUCGAAGAAGAUAAGUAUUAUCUUGGUUUCCCAUAGUUCAAACAUUUCAUGGAAUGAAAAUUCCCACCCUCUUCAAUAAGGGCAUAUACAUGUUGAGUAGGUUCAAUUAACAAACAUCUUUGUUGAAGCCCCUUAUACCAAGGUCAAGCUCAACUCUUAACCAUGGAACGAAAGGAGAAAAAACCUAUCAAGAUGUCUGUGCCUCAAUUUGGAGGGUGGGAACAUAAGCCCACAGGAGUGCCUACUGAUUAUUCCAUGGUGUUCAACCAAGCUCGUGCAAAUAAAAAAACUCAAAAGAAUGAUUUGACUGAAGUCAAACGUCUAAGCCUUGGGAAUGAAAGAGAUGCCAUGAAUCCCAAUCAUCGACGUGGACAUGGUCAUAAUCAUGGACCUGGACAUGGACAUGGACAUGGACAUGGACAUGGACAUGGCCCAGGUCAUAGUCGUGAUGAAGAUGAUCUCCCAGUCGUGAGGAGAAGCAAGGUUAUGAAUUACAUGGGUUGCUUUAAGCCUUGAUAUCAUUUUCCAAUCAUAUAUACAUGGUGUGUGUUAUUAAAUAUACUAAAGAUCCAUCACAUGCAAACUAUAUAUACAAACAUGAGACAAUUCAAUAGAAACUUGACCAGAAGCUUCUAUAAUCUUUGAGUUCCCUGUACAUGUUUUGCUACAUUAUUAUCGAAGCUUGUGUCUCCUUUAUUUCUAUUGUUUCAAGCAAAGUCAAAUGAAUGUACUACAUUAAUCAUUGCAAAGCACUUUUAUGUAGCCCAUAUGCACAGAACUCAUAUUUCAUCAAUAUGUAUUUUUGGGUUCUCUCGUA